AAGCAUGCCUCUCCCCCGAUCACCCCCACCUUCAGCACAGCAACUGCCAGAGCGUGACAAGCCUCCUCGACUUCCGAGCAAGUCAAUCGUUCACACCGUUCUCAGCAAUGGCUUCCGUUGUUGCCGCCUCCAGCGUUGUGGCCCCAGCCACCUUUGUGGCUGCGUCGUCGUCGGUGUCGAACUCGAAGUCGAACUCUGUGAAGGCAUUCUCUGGCCUGAAGAGCGCCACGUUGUUCACCAGCAAGGCCGAGACCCUGAGCUCUGUCCAGAACGGCAGCCGUGUGCAAUGCAUGCAAGUGUGGAACCCCAUCGGGCAGACCAAGUUCGAGACCUUCUCGUACUUGCCCCCACUGUCGGAUGACGCCAUCGCCAAGCAAGUGGAGUACAUGAUCCAGCAGAAGCUCAUCCCCUGCCUCGAGUUCGACGUGAACUCGAACGGAGUGUCUCGGGCCAACAACUCAUCCCCAGGAUACUACGAUGGUCGGUACUGGACCAUGUGGAAGCUGCCCAUGUUCGGGUGCCAGGACUCCGCGCAGGUGUUGAGGGAGAUCGAAGAGUGCAAGAAGACCUUCCCCGGCUGCUUCGUGCGCGUGCUCGGCUUCGACAACGUAAAGCAAGUCCAGAUCUGCGGGUUCCUUGUCGCCAGGCCCAACUAAGUGAUUGAUUGAUUGAUUGGUUCAGUGUCCCAGCAUCGCUCAGGACUAGCGCAGUUGCUGACCUAAAUGUGGGUAGCAGCCCUUGUACCAUAGACAGUCCAAUGGAAUUGCAUGGAGAAACUGGUCGCGAGCUGAUUUUUUGAAUAACAAGACGUUUGCGUCAGAAUGUGUUGAAAUCAAA